AUGUCAGACCUACAACUAGGUCAUGUCAUACAACAUGAUACUGCAGCAGACGAAUUUCCCUCUCCUUCUCCAGACCGAUCCAUGUCCUAUCAUCCAUCAGACGAAGGACAAGAGGAAGAAGAAGAACAAGCCGCUCAAGCCAUUUCUGCCGCUGUAGCAGCUUCAUCAGAUCAACAUCAUCAUGGACCCUCCACAUCCUCAUCCCGUUUCAUCUACACUCCGCACACUGUCGGCGUCGGGUCUAAUCUGAGUAACUCUGAACAGAUCGCCAUUCUGAGGGAACAUUAUUCGAGGAAUCCUAAUCCUGGCAAGAGAGAAUUGGAGAUGUUAGCUGAGAAAACGGGGAGACCUUGGAAUAGGAUAAGAGAAUAUUUCAGACAGAGAAGGAAUAAAUUAAGGGGUUUAGAUACUAUGGAAGAAAUGGAAGAGCCUGGUAGGGCCACAGGUUGGCUACAAGUAACCUAUCGAACAGCCCCUCAAACUUCUCAUGUUUCCCAACUAAACCUUUACAAUUCAUAUCGUCUUCGAUUCGAUCCCUACUCCUCUCAAGCUCCCUUACUGGGAGGUCAAGAACUCAUCCAACUGGCAUGUGCCACAUUCCCAGGAUGCGAAUUGGCAAGAGAUGAUGAUAAGUACAUCCUGAAAGGGUUGAAGGAGAGAAUGGAGAUGUCGAUGGAUCAUCAACCCGAACCUGAAUUGGCUGAACCUAUUCGAGCGAGCAAUUGGUUACUGAACAACUACCAUCCUUCCGAAUCAAAUAGUAUAACCCAAACCGAUCUUUACUCUUCGUACGCAACACGUUACUCCCUUCCCGCUCACCAAACAUCAGAACCUUCUUCCCCUAACACACAACGUCUACAAGAUCUGGAAAACUUAGCGGCCGUUUCUGCUCAUCCCGAUCACCUGAACUUCUCAACCGACAAUGGGUUUGAGGGUGAUGAAGAUAAAGGAAAUACCACUCCACCGAGAUUAUUGAACCCAGUGGAACUUAUCUCACUCACUAAGAUCGCUUUUCCAGAUGCGGUUCCCGCGGUGGAUGAACAAGGGAGAUUUGUGAUUAAAGGGUUGGAGAGAAGAGAGGGUGUGGAGAAAAGUAGAGGACCGAAAAUGGGAGAUAUUUAUCCUUUCGCUUUGAUGACUGCUCCAGCACCUUCAGAUCCAGAUCAUCCAUUAAGGACGUUAAUCAAACGUAAAUUAACUUCUUUGGAACAACUUGAAACAUCAUCAGAGAAGAAAAGAAAAUUGACGGUGGAUGAUGAAGAGUUGUUAGAUGGACUGAAAAGGUUUAGGAAUUCUGAUUUAGGUAGAGAAGUGAGAGACGUUUGUGUACAACAAUGA